GAGACAACCGCCAAUGAUAACAAGACGUAUUACCGAAAAUCUAAGAAAUAAAACUGCUUCGCCAGUUAUAAUGGUGCCAGUGCUACAGCCUAAGGCGGUAAGAAUGUUGUAUUCGAACAAAAACACCGGACAUUUACCAGAUCAGGAGACAAUAAACCAGUAUGAAGAGAUGGAAGUCCAGCAGAGUGAGUCAAAUGAUGCUCUUGGCUACGGGGACUUGUCUGUCGGUGAUACAAGAAAAUCUGUUGACAAUGAAUCAAAACAAGACAUUAUAAAUGAAUGGGUAAAAAGAAACGACGAGUUUCAGAAGAUGAAAAGUGAAUUGAAUCAGAGACAGAGAUCAAUAUUGGAUCUUUACGCUUCUCUAAAUAUAAUACAUAAAAAGAUGGUAGCGGCAGGACACAGCGCGGACGUGCCGCUCGUCGAGGACCUGCAUAUCAUGAACGUCGCCAAAAUGACACCCGAACAACUGCUUAAACUGUGCGCAGAAAGUUCUAAGAUGAAGAAUAAUGUUAACGUUCUAGACGAAUUACCUUUGGAUAAUAGAAUGGUAUUGGACAAAUUAUACAAAAUACCUGAAAAAUUAUUUGCGACAUGUGAACAAGCUUUAGAUAACAAGAAAACUAUAAUAGAAUGGCUAGACUCAUUGAAAUCCCAGAUCAGUGUACAGAAUCUGAAGCAAAAAAUUCAAGAAUAUAAUAUGAAAAAUGAGAUGUUAGCCGGUACAUUGAAAAAGAUUAAAAAUGAAUGUAUGACGCAAGUACAAGAAGUAGAGCAUUACAUAAGAGAAAGAGUGAACGAUACAAUGGCUCUACAUUUGCAAACCGAAAAUUUGACAUACAAAUUGUCGGAACUAAAUUCACACAAUGCUGAUCUUCAGAAACUAUUAAAUAAUGCGGAAAAUUUGAAAUCGUACACAAAUAAAAACAAAGCGGAAAUCGAAAAGGAAUUAAAAGACAAACAAAAGACUAUGAGAGAUCGUCUUUCGAAAGCCGAGGGCCAAGUCAAAAUGGAGGCGGAACACUCGAGCCAAUUGGAAGCUGCUCUGAAUAAAGUUAACACAGAAUUAGAGUCAAAGAUGGCAUUGAUAAAGCAAUUACAAGAGCAAAACGACAGAUUAAAAAGAAACUAUGAUGAAGAAUUAAAGAAGUUGAAUGAAGCAGUCAUAGAAAAUACAAUUAAUUUAGAAAAGAUAGCACAAGACCGGGAAAAAAUACAAUUUGAGAAAAACGACCUCGAAAGCAAAUUGACACAACUUACAAUGUACUAUAAUGAAUCACUCAACAAUACAAAGUUAGAGCUUAAAGCAAAUAUAAUGAAACUUAGUGAAGCUGAAACAAAAUAUAAUACUGAAAUUGAAGAACAAAUAAAACUGGCGUCGGAGUAUCGUAACCAAGUAUUGGAAGCAGAGUUACAGAAUAAGUUGCUUUUACAAAAAAUAGAAGAAUUGGAAUAUAGAUCAGCUAGCACAAAGGAUGUGGAUAUUGAAAUGAAUAAUAUAAAGUGUGACCUCGAAAAAGAACGAUCAGAAACUAAAAACUUUAAAAACAUACUGGUACAACAGACUGAAUCACUUCGUGCAAUGGAGUUCAACCUCAAAUUAACUCAAGAAGAGAACGAAAUAAUGAAUAGAAAUAUAUUAGACAAAGAAGAAUAUAUUAAAGAGCUUAAAAAUCGGGAAGAAACGUUAAAAUUGCAGCUACAAGAAAGUGAAUCUAAAAUGGAAUAUUAUGAGAAGGAAUUAAUGCAAUUAAAAGAGCACAUUGUACAAUUGCAAGAACAAUUUGGUGGAUUAAAUGAUAUUAACGAUCUAUAUGAAACGUUAAAGAAACAAAAAGAUGAACUAAAUAAAGUCACUAACGAAAACAAUGAACUAUCUGAAAAGAUUCAAAAAAAUUUAGUGGAAUUAAAUGAAGCGUUGGAAACUAAUAAAAUAAAUAGACAAAAGUUACAAGAAAAAGAGGAUCUCAUAAAAACUUUAAUAAAAUCAGAAGAAGAACAAUGUAAUAUUAUUAAACAACUAAGAAACAAUUUAGACGUCAGGAGUAAUGAAGACGCCGAGGUUGCCAAGGAGCUAGAAGUAAAGAAAUUGGAAAUUAAUAAUCUUGCUAAUAAUUUAGAAACUAGAAAACAACAAAUAACGCAGUUAGAGAAGAUUGUGUUAACCUUGGAAGAGAAAGUUCGCAAAUCAAACUCGAUAAGAAAAAAAUGUGAAGAGAAAAUCAAUUUGCUAGAAACGAAAAUUGGAAUUUACGAAUCACAUCAGUAUAAGGAAGGAGUUAUUGCAAAUUCAAAGAAUCUAAAUAAAUUUUUAAAACUUCUUGAAGAGGAAAUUGACACUCCGAUGGAUGUCCAAGACUUUCAUAGUGAAGAAGGUACUAAAAAUAGUAUUACUUCUGAUAAAGAUCGUCACCACGAACGACGAACACCCAUCGUGCUUGAACAAAAAGUGUUGCAAAAAAAAUAUACAUUGACCGAUAAUGUAGUCAAAAAAGCCAACCUUACUCAGAAAUGUGAUUUAUUCAACGGUGACCACUUAGAUCGUAAAGAAGUUAAUUCUAAAAUUGAUAAUAAUGGCCAGAAAGCAAAAACAUGCGGCUUGGAUUCAGAUACGGACGAAGUACCAAAACGAAAGAUUAUUACUAAUCAUUUGCAUGAUAAAAUAUUAUCAAGAAACUUACAAGCACUGUUGUAUGGAAAGCAUCUGACCGAUAAAAAGGACAAAAUGUUUGUUUUGGCUGGGCAUAGACUUUAAAUUGGCUUAUUUAUUUUUUUGUAUUUUCUUGUUUCUAUUCCCAUGUAAAUUUGUUAACUUUUUGAUAUAUAAUUUUUAAA